AUGGCGACUGAUGUAUUGGACGAGCAUCGUUUUACCAGUCAAUGUUCACUGUAUGAACCAACACGAACUCGGCUAUCAAAAGAAGUCAAACGUCGGCCAACUGCAGGUUCAACAGCAACCCUAUUCGAAACACAUUCAUCAACUUCAGCUGCUCGUAUUCGCCGUUUAAGAUAUUCCGCCCAGCCACAAACAAGUGUACCGAACACUUCAACACAUCAUCAAUCGAUUGCCAAUCGACACUCAGUUUCGAACGAUUUUCUAUCUUUAUUUCGAUCGUUGGCAAUGAAACCUUUUAAGACGUCAUCAAUGACGAGUGGCACAGCCGAAGGCCAAACAAGUCAUGCUGCAGGUGGUAAUCAAAUACAUAGUAAACCACCAGUCAGUCUUCUCAAAGUUCGACCGUUGAGCGACAGUAUAACCGAUCAGACGUCAUUCACGCAAUCAACUCACAGUAAAAUGCCGUGUAGCCCAUGCGUGAUCCUCAAAUAUGAUGUUUAUGAUCUUAUCAAAUUACAAAUUGAAGAGUUUCUCAAGCGUAUGGGAUGGCCUAUCUCUUCGACAACCGAUGAAGCGCGUGCUAAAUGGAAGAUAGCAAUGAAAUUUUUAAUUCCAGUUAAAUUUGAUGUCAAUCGAGCUAUUGAACUGUAUAAAACUCAUGAAAAUACACGUCGAAUAGAAAACCUGGAUCGUAUUUGGAUGAGCAAUCCAAAUCUGAUACGAGAAAUACAAUCAAAUAAAUUCUUUUCACUGCCACAAUUACCAAAUCAACCAUUAACAGUCUAUUUCAAUGCAUCACAACUUGCUACAACUGCGUCAGCAAAUACACUCUCACCACAUGAUCGAGAAUUAGUAGCGUUACAAGCAUUGGUUUGUCAAUUGGAUGUAGCUACUGAAAGUAUGGAUGUUCAGCAAACUGGUUUGAAUUUUAUUUACGAUAUGCAAAACUGUUCAGCAGCACAAUUCGACAUGAAUCUCAGUAAAAAAAUUCUCAAACUUUUACAACAUGGAUAUCCAGCUAUGGUAAAAAAUAUUUUUAUCGUUUCAGCACCCAAAUGGUUCAAAAUAGCCUAUAAGGUAUCAAUGUGUACACCCGAACAAAUGCGUGAAUUUCUCCAAAACCACUCAAAUUAUUCACUAGAAAACAUUCCGAUAGCUCUGGGUGGUCUAUACGAUCCUGCACAUCACGGUGAUAAUCGUUACCAAAUAUGUUUAUCCACAGUCACAAACUCUCAGUCGAUAUGUUUCCCAUAUUAUUCUCUUGACAGUCAAACUAAAUCGACAAGUAACAUUUUAUUCUUCAAUCCUGAUCAUCACCAUGCGCAUAAAAAUCAAGACACUACAAAUACAACACCAUCGUCAUCGACAACAAAAACAACGUCACCACAAGCAUCAUUAGUUGCUAUUGUUGCUUUGAGACGACAUCGUGACUCAACUUCCCAUGUUCGCACACGAAAACGUGAAUCGUCAUCAUCAAGUGAUGGUGAAAAGCGUAAACGAGGAUCCAAUGAAAGUCUCUUGGAAGAAGAACCCCCAGUCAUCGCUUCGCAAUUACCAAUUCCUCAAGAUAUUUCUCUCGAUCAAUCGCAAACGACAUCAUUAUUAAAUGAAACUUCGUUUCGUUCAACAACUGCCCAUCAAGAACGAAGUGAAUAUGAAGCAAAGAAUAGAAUGAAUGGCAAUGAACCACAUGAUCAUACUGUUGCAAAACGUGACCAUAAACGUCCGAUCAAUAACUUAAACAGACCGUUGACAGCAGCGGAAUUUCUUGCUAAAACACCACUAGAAAUUCGACAUGAGUAUCGAAAAUUACCAAAUCCACCAGCAAAAGAUACACAUGCUGCAAAAGAUGAACGAAAUGUUGACAAAUCUCGUUAUCGAGAUGUACUACCAGGUGAAGCAACUCGGGUUAAACUUCAACCUGAUGGCGAAGAAAAACACGAUUUUAUCAAUGCUAAUUAUGUCAGUGGACAUAAUAAUCAGGAAAAAGCGUAUAUUUUCACUCAAGGACCACUUCAGACAACAGUAAAAGACUUUUGGCGGAUGAUUUGGCAAGAAAACAUUGCUAUUAUUGUUAUGACAACAAAUAUUCGUGAGACAGGAAUGAUGAAAUGUUUUCCCUAUUGGCCCAUGGAAACCAAAGAAGUUCUCAAUGCUGGUUUAUAUCAAAUUCAAAAUGAAAAAUCGGAAAAAUUCGAUAGUUUUCUCAUUACAACAUUAUCGAUAAGAAAAAAGAAUCAAGCGGAAAGUCGAACUGUAUAUCAUGCGCAUUAUUUGAAAUGGCCCGAUCAUGGUAUUCCGUCAAAUACGAAAGACGCGCUGUUAUUUUUGGAGAAAGUUGAAUACUAUCGACAAUUGACCACAACAAAGGCUCCGAUUCUUCUUCAUUGUUCAGCUGGAAUCGGACGUACGGGUACAUUUUGUGCAAUUGAUAUUGGAAUAAAAAGAUAUUUGGAAAAGAAAGUUAUCGACAUUCCCACAACAGUAUUGAAAAUGCGAACAGAACGAGCUGGAAGUGUUCAAACAGAAGAUCAAUAUUUAUUCGCUUACCUAGCGAUGAAAGACUAUAUUACACAGCAACAAGCUUUACAAGAAAGAAUCAAUGAAUCAAAUCGAUCGACUGAAGCACAACUAUUUGAUACAUCUGAUGAAUUGAAGUUAAGAGACACUGAAAUUGAUGAUGGUGUACCUAGAACUAUUCGUAUGAAAUCCAAUGGAAAGAAAACGACUGAUUUCGAACAAUUAAAUAGUCUUUCGAUGUUAAACUCAGAUUAUGUUACACAUUUGCAAGAACCAACAUCCCAACGAGGCAAAACAUUGAGUGAUUCAUCAGUCUCUGCUAUUCAAUACAUCACACCAACGGCAACAACCUUUCAAACAGUUCCUAGUCGGCAACGUUCUUCGACUGAACAUUUCUCCUCGAUGCCAACUACGACUGGCAAUACAUACCACAAAAAAGCUCGUAAAUAG